AUGACGAAAUUUAACUCCUUCCUCCUCGCAACAUCGAUCACUCAGCUUACAUUGCCUCCGGACCUUCCUGCGCUCUCGGGAAAUUUCCACCUCAUAGCGCAUGUCAAGUCUCCCAACAUCACCAAGUUCACGGCCGGCAUUGGAAACUGGGAGGUGGCCUCACUGCCGGGGCCCGGCUGCCAUGAGCCCCUUUCGCUGAAGAAGCCUAGCAAUAACGGCACGGCCAGCGGCACCACGUUCUGGUUCAACCCGGAGACGACGGGCAUCGCGUACGGUGAUGGCGAAGACAUGAAGACUUUAUCCGUUCCAAAGGGAGGACACGGCGAACGCGCACUCAGCAUGGACUGCAGGAGGGGGACGCCCGGAGUCAGAAUCGUCCCGCGGGAAGAUGGGCCGCAGCUUGUGUACGGGAGCAACGGGACGUUUUACGUGUGUCCACGGAGAGUACGCGCCCAGGGGAUAGCGCAGCUGCUGUACCGAGAGAAAGACGAGCUGUUGCCGUACAUGUGUGCGGACGUGGCGCUGUUUGCGAAGUGGGCGAAGGGCAGGACGAGGGGGGACGAGUCCGUCGUGGAUUGCUGCACGGACGUCCGCGACGGGGUCUGCAUGUUUCCCCCUCAGCCUCGGUAG